AUGAUUUUUUUCCCAUGUUGUAGAUCGGAAAAGGAGGAUCCUCUUGUGGAGAGCACAUCAAGCACUGAUAAGGCAUCUGUCAAACAUGGCAGAGCAUUUUCAUUCUGGAAGAACAUGUCAUGGAAAAUAGGCAGCAGCAAAAGGAAGAAUAAUUUAAAGGUUUUCACAUAUCAUGAGCUCUCUGUUGCAACUGACGACUUCAAUCCUUCUUGCUCGAUCGGAGAAGGUGGAUUUGGAAAAGUUUACAAAGGAUACAUUGAGAGCACUGAUCAGCAUGUUGCUGUUAAGCAACUUGACCCGAAUGGAAGACAAGGAAACAAAGAAUUCUUUUCAGAGUUAGUCACGUUAAGUAUGGUUCAACAUCCAAAUCUUAUCAAACUGAUUGGCUAUUGCGUAGAUGGUGAUCAAAGACUCUUAGUUUAUGAGUUCAUGUCUAACGAAAAUUUGGAGACUCACCUUCUUGGAAGGAGAGUCAUGGACAUGUCAAGACCAACCGAGGAGCAGAACCUAAUUCAUUGGGCAGAGCCACUGUUUAAGGACAAAAGUAAAUUUACAGCUAUGGCAGAUCCAUUGCUAGAAGGGAACUACCCACAGAAGAAACUAUUUCAAGCCCUCGCAAUUGCAGCAAUGUGUCUCCAAGAGGAAGCUGAUACCAGACCUUUGAUGUCUGAUGUUGUAACUGCACUUGAGUUUCUUUCUGCUCCAAUUGAGGAUAAAAAAGCUACAGUGUCAUCAACAGAAAGUGUUCAAUAA